CAUUUUCCUGUUCUACCAAACUUCGGAAAUCUACAAAAAAAAUUUUAGAUCCCUAAGUGAUCAGGAAGAGCUACAUGUAAAUUUAAAAAUUUUACGUUCUAAGCCUUUUUUUUUUCUUCACAUUAUUUUAUUAUUUUCACAUCAUUCAGCAAGUUUUCAAAACAUGUGUCAAAAACUCAAGAUGUUUUUAAAACAUUUGUGGUCAUUCACAACUAUUUUUUAAAAACUUUAAUUGCACCAUAAACUUAGUGGAUUGCGUUUAAUCACUUGGCAACUUUUGAUUUAUUAAUUAUCUUACUUUAAACUUCGAUUUUUUUUUUACUGUUUACAUAUCUGUACAAAAUGUUGAAAAUCAAAGAGAGGAAAACAAAAGAAAUUAGCUAUAACGCUCGGAGGUCUGUUUACCUGCUUAACUCGCCUUUAAGCUAUCUACCUACAAACCAACUUUUAUCAAAUAGAAGUGUUCUUCGAUAUUACUUGCUCCUAACUUCAGCUAGAGAUAAGCGAUUCAAACCUAUUAAAAUAAAAUUUUCAUGUUCUCGAGCACGAGAGGAUGUUAUAUGUAAAGGGAAAGACGAGUUUUGUAAUUCAAAUACCGAAAAAUACUGUUUACUCUGACAAAUUGUAAAUAUUUGGAAGUCUGUUGGUUUCAGUAAUUACUUAAUUUCUGAGAGAAGUAUAGUGGAAAAGUUUAAAUCUCUAUACAGCAAAUACAAAACUUUGUGCAACAGUAAAACCUUUCAAAUCAAAAAGCAAAUUUCCGAACGCCACAAAAAUGACUUUUACAAUAUGGUAGAGCAAUUGUUUGACAUCAGUGCGAAGGACUUUGAGAUGAAGUUGAGACGCGAUGAACCAAUGCCUCGUGAUACUUCUGCUUUACAAGAGGAUUUGGCCUUCUUAGAUGAUCAAAGAACUAACAGAAAUAUGAUCAUAUCUUCUAAAAUUGACACAGAGCUUGAAGCAAGGUUUCAGAGAAAGAUUGAUAGAUGCAAGAGGAAAGAAGAAUAUAAAGAUCGAGUACAGAAGAGCAACGAUUCGAUAAUUCGUGACAACAAAGAAAAAAUUGGGGGAAAAAGGCAAUGGAAUCACAACUUUUUUCCUAACAAUGAUAUAAAUUUCAAUUUCGCAAGUGAGGAACCUACAGAACCUAAGAAAACAAGAGCUGAAUCACAAUUAGAUGCUGGAAGUGUAAUUGCUAAGUCGGAAGAUUUUGUCCCAAAUAAAAAUGUUAAUUUUCACGAAGCAAGCUCAAAAAGUAGGCAUCAGUUUAGACCAUCAUAUUUCAGAGUAGAAAAGGAGAUAACCAGUGAAGGUCUCAUUGCAGCAACAACUUCCACCAGUGUAAGGGCUGGUCUCAGCAUUCGAGAUCAAACCCUUCUUAUUGCAAGCGUAGUAAACUAUUUAGGAGGAGAUGUUAAACAGCUAAAGUUAAACAGAGAAUCUGUCAGAAGGCGACGUUACAGAUUUUUAGAAGAGGAAGGAGGCCAGAUACAUAAUGAAUAUAUUAAUUUAAUGGCUAACAAGAUGUUAGUUUUACAUUUUGAUGGUAAAAUUUUAAAGCAUAUUGGGGAGGAAACUAGACAGGCAACUACUGCAGAUAGACUAUCAGUAUCUGUUACUAGCCCAGUAACCAAAGAUGAUCUUUUACUCGGUGUUGUGCCAACUGAUAGUGGUAAGGGAAUCGAUAUGGCUAUAAGUAUUAUGAAUCUCCUAGAAUAUUUUGAAAAUUGUAACUAUAUUGUAGGAUUCUGUUCUGACACCACAGUAAGUAACACUGGAUGGAAAUCUGGUGCAAUAACUAUUAUGGCAAGAUUUCUUGGUAAACCAUUUCUUUGGUUAUUGUGUAGACACCAUAUUGCCGAAAUAAAUAUUACUUGGGCUUUAAAGGCAAUUUCAAUGAAAAUGUCUAAAGCCCCUGCGAAUAAGUUACUAAAAGAUUUUCAGCAGAAAUGGAUAACAGAAUUUUUUCCUAAAGUUUCAGCUAGUGGUGCUGUAGAAAAGUUCAAACGAUUUCCUGAGCAAGACCUUAUUGUUGGCAGUGAUCUCUGCAAACUCUAUUUGAAGUCUAAAAAGUUUGUUACUAAAGCACUAGAACAUGAAAUCUUCCCCAGGAACGAUUACAGGCAUCUUGUUGAAUACUUGGCGUAUUACAUGAAUGUUAAGUCUGAGAAAUUAAAUAAUUUUCACAUCUAUCAGCCUGGCGCCUGUCACAAUGCAAGAUUUAUGGCCUAUGCAAUAUAUUUUCUAAUGCUCGAUAUGACAUCCACAGUCGUUGAAUAUCUGACUCCUUAAAAAAAAACAUAUGGUCUCAAGGGUAGCAUUUAUUGUUGUUAUUUAUUAUGGACCUGCCUUUCUUAACUCAGGCAAAGCAGAGCAUGCUGUUCUGAAUGAUUUUAAUGCAUUUAAAAUUGCUGAAACAAUUAAAACAGAAUGGGAUUAUGAAGUUGGAAACUCACUUCAAAAAAGCAUGAGUAACCACACAUGGUAUUUGUCUCCUAAAGUUGUCGUACUAUCGUUAGGUGAUCCUUAUAUGAAAGCAGAUGCUAAGCGUUUAAUCAUUCAGAAACUUUUAAAAUUUCCAAUUCCUGAGUUA